UCGGGUAACGAACCCACCCACGUUUUGGAGAACCACACGCCGUGCGCAUGCUCAGUCCAUCGACUGGACGCCGUCCUGUGGAAUAAACAACUGUAACGGUAUAAGAUGAUGACUUCUUGGAGUGACCGUCUACAGAACUAUGCAGCGCUCCCAGCCAACAUGGAUGGUGUCACCCUCAAGAAAUAUCAACGUGAAACUCAUCACAGGGUGUUUGUCAACCGAAGCUUAGCAAUGGAGAAGAUCAAAUGUUUUGGUUUUGAUAUGGAUUACACUUUGGCGGUGUAUAAAUCUCCAGAGUAUGAGGCGCUCGGCUUCGACCUGACAGUGGAGCGCCUGGUAUCCAUUGGAUAUCCGCAGGAGCUCCUCAACUUUGUCUACGAUCCUUCCUUCCCCACGCGAGGCCUUGUGUUUGACACGAUGCACGGCAACCUGCUCAAAGUGGACGCUUAUGGGAACAUCCUUGUUUGUGUGCACGGUUUCAACUUCAUUAGAGGGGCUGACAUCAGAGCGAUGUACCCAAACAAAUUUAUUCAGCGUGGAGAUACAGAGCGCUUCUACAUCCUGAACACGCUCUUCAACUUGCCUGAAACCUACCUCAUCGCCUGCUUGGUUGACUUCUUCAGUAACUGCUGUCGAUACUCAAGUUGUGAGACUGGCUUUAUCGAUGGUGAUCUUUAUAUGUCAUAUAAGAGCAUAUUCCAAGAUGUAAGAGAUGCUGUGGACUGGGUUCAUUUCCAGGGGUCUUUAAAAGAAAAGACUGUUGAAAACCUGCAGAAAUAUGUGGUCAAGGAUCCAAAGCUUCCUCUCCUCCUUAGUCGCAUGAAUGAAGUGGCCAAAGUGUUUCUUGCAACCAACAGUGAUUACAAAUACACCGAGAAAAUAAUGACCUACUUAUUUGAUUUUCCACAUGGUCAAAAGUUGGGUACGAUCCACAGACCUUGGCAGUCUUACUUUGACUUGAUCUUGGUAGAUGCCCGCAAGCCUGUGUUCUUUGGAGAGGGGACAGUCCUGCGACAGGUUGACACAACAACUGGCCGACUCAAGAUUGGUACAUACACUGGUCCCCUCCAACAUGGGAUUGUUUACUCUGGAGGUUCCUCUGACAUCGUAUGUGACUUGUUGGGUGCGAAAGGCAAAGAUAUUGUCUACAUUGGUGACCACAUCUUUGGUGACAUUCUGAAAUCCAAGAAGCGCCAAGGCUGGAGAACUUUCCUGGUCAUACCAGAGCUGGCCCAGGAGCUGCAUGUAUGGACUGAAAAGAGCUCUAUAUUUGAGGAGCUUCAAUCUCUGGAUUGUUUCCUCGCUGAGCUUUACAAGCACCUGGAUAGCAGCAGCAAUGAGAGGCCUGAUAUCAGUUCACUCCAGCGACGUAUUAAGAAAGUGACACAUGACAUGGACAUGUGCUAUGGCAUGAUGGGAAGUUUGUUUCGUAGUGGAUCCCGUCCGACUCUGUUUGCCUCUCAAGUGAUGCGUUACGCAGACCUGUAUGCAGCCUCCUUCAUCAACUUGCUCUACUACCCCUUCAGUUAUCUCUUCAGAGCUUCACAUGUGCUGAUGCCCCACGAGUCAACAGUGGAGCACAUCCAUGUGAAAGUUAACGACAAAGAGUCGCCGCUGGCCACAAGAAACCGCCAUGAGUUAGACUUAAAGGAGGUGGAAUUGAAACGAAACCAAAUGACCCGAUCCGUCAGUGAGAUCCAGCCCCCUCAUUUCUUCCCGAAAGCUCCGCAGGAGAUUACCCACUGCCAUGAUGAGGAUGAUGAUGAAGAGUAGCACGUUGAUGGAAAACGCUUUUUAUUUAUUUAUUUGAAAGGACAUGUGCUGUGUCUUUGUUUUGAGGGAAGAGUGUAAUGCUGCUUUCGGGGAAGGUGGGAACUCAGACUUCCCACUUCGAAAAGUGCACUAGGAUGUCCCUUUGAACUGAAAUCGUCCGAGUGGCAAAGUCAGCAGAAAAAAAACCCAAGGACCCUUUGUUCACUUUAAUGUGAUGGCGAUCCCCACGGAGACAGACGGUGAAUGUCAAAACAUCAUUUUCAAGAUUAUAAAAAUAUUAAGCUUUAAUUAUUACAUUGAUUUAGUUGUUCAAAAUAACAUCACGUGACACCGCGUGAUUUGUACUGACUGCAUAAACAUGUCUUAUCUCCCUGUGUCAAAUUAUUUGGUGAAACGAAUGAAAUGCUUUGAAGAUAAGAUAUUCUUUUAUUUAUAUGAUUUAGGAAGUUCUGAAGGUUAAGUUUGCUGAAGGUCAAAAUGUGUUGUGAAUGAACAAGAACAUCACACAAUUUAUCAGAAUCUUUGGCCUCAAACACUUUGAGGUCGGAACUGGGACAAUCUCGGAUUUGCCACUUUUCUCGAAAGCAGCAUAUGUCUUCCUCCGCUGCCAUUUUGUCUCUGGGGUGAGAUGAGAUUUAUCUCAGAAUUGCUCACACAAAAUAAAUCUGUGAUAUUAACAUGUAUCCACAAAUAUAUAAUAUAAAUAUAUCAAAUGUGUUCUUAAAUGUGUGUGUUUCGAUCUUGACCGCACGUGAAUUGUCGAAUGCGCGUUUGUGAAUCUGCGGACCUGCACAUUUUUGACACAAACAUCACGCCUCAACAUUAACGUGUUGAAAGGCCACCCCACUUUUGCCCGCGAGGAGGCCAUGUUGCUGUUUCCAUUGAAUGGGAGCGAACAUGGAAAUUGAAAAACAGAAAACGAGCCUUUAUCUGAUCUUUUCAAAUGUGUUUGUUGUAGACAAGUCGGGAAACAACAAUUUGUUUUCGUCAAGCUUGUUUUGUGUUGACAUGGAAGACAUUCUUCGACUGAUUCCAAUUCUGCGCCAGUGCAGCAGCGGACAAAGAAAAGAAACCUAAACACAUAAUAAACGAUCUGCUAAAGGCUCUUUUUCCCGUGUUUCACUUUACGUGUGUAACACGAAAAACAGGAUAUAGCUCGUUCCCGUUUAGUGGAGAUCGCAAAAAUUCCUCUUUGGGAAUAAGGAUGGCCUUUCAAUAAGUUUAUGUUGAGCUGUGACGUUUUGUCAAAAAUAAAUGCGCCUGUCCGCUGAUGCGCAAGCGCACAUUCGACAAUUCACACGCAGUCGUGAUAAAAGCGCACACAACUAAAAGAAAAGGUGGAAAUCACAAAUACAUUUGUGGACACAAAAAUCGCAGAUGUAUUUAUGUGAAUUAUUUUGACACAAAUCCCUCCCUAUAGACCGACGGUCGGCAACCUGUGGCUCCGCAGCCGCGUACGGCUCUUUUGCGCCGCCCUAAUGGCGCUUUUUCAAAAAUGUUUGAAAAAGGAAAAAGAUGGGAGAGGGAAAUCUAUUUUAAUAUGGCUUCAUUACAAGGCUUUUAAUUUUUUGGCGGCUCCAGACAUAUUUGUUUUUUGUAUUUUUUGGUCCAAUUCGGCUCUUUCAACAUUUUGGGUUGCCGACCCCUGCGAUGGACAAUGGUAGCAGAAGAGUGCUUACGCUCUUUACUCAAAACAAAGACACCAUUGUUUUUGUAAUUAUAAACACCAAAUUCUAAUUUGGUUGUAGACUGAAAACUCGGGGAAAAAGUGACACUUGAUUACUUUUAUUUAAUUGAGAUGUAAAAGACUACUUUCGGAGUAAAAAUAGACAUGGUAGUCUUAAAUUAAUUACAUGUUGCCCAACAUGAACAUGGAUAUACUUUAGACUGAGUUCUUCCUUAAUGGUCGACUGAUACCAAACUUGAAAGUCCUGUACAAUGUUAUUUUGAUCACAUGACUGUUUUCUUUGAUGUCGUCUUUUCUUGUGCUGCUGUUAAAUCUGCCGGAGUGCACCCACUUCCAGAUUUUCGACCCUUUCCCUUGGUCAGUUCUCAGAUGCCUUUAAUGAGCUUUGUGUUUCCUCUUCAAACAAGUUACCUCCUGGUUCCACUCAUCCUGCUGUGCUACACUGGAUUCGGUGGCUCCAUUACAAACUGUGCAGUCAAAAGCUAGACCCGAGCCAUGGUUUAAUGACAGAACUCGCGCUGCUAAACAAGAGUGCCGCAAAGCUGAACUUAAGUGGAAAAAAGACAAGCUGCAGAUCUAUCAAAUCCGGAAAUACUGUUGCCGUAAUUACCAGAUCGCAGUUAAAGAGGCCAAAAAAGAACAUUUAUCAAACUUAAUUCAGGCUAACCGUCACAACCUACGUGUAAAACUAUUGAUUCUGUACUUCAACCCCCUUAGCCUAUUUACUUCAACUUUUCCCCUAAAAUAUGCAAUCAGUUCCUGCAGUUUUUCACUGAUAAGGUUUCUACAGCUAGCACUCUUGUUUCAAACACCACCUUUGACCCCUCCAUCCAUGUUCCAUGUUCAGCGGUGUUAAAUUCUUUUGAAAUGUUUCCUUGACAUUUUUAGAGGAGGUGGUUUGCGAGACUUAGCCAUUUGGCCUCCCUUACUUCUCUGUUCAAUUCGAAGGGUGUUCUCCCAGGGUUUGGUAAAUAGGUCUCGGCCAUUAUCAACAGCAGUCUGUCUUCUGGUGUCGUUCCCCAACAAUUGAAACAUGCAGUGGUGCAACCCUGACUGAAGGAAGAAACUUGACUUUGAUCAAUCUGUUUUUGUUAUUUUUGCUCCAUUUAUACUCGAUAUAAAUUGGUGGUUGUUUUAAAGUGCUCUAUGAAUACAGUUGAGUUGAGUAUUAUGCACGUGUCAGUCGUUGCAGAUACAUGAUGACCAAGCCUAACUGGUUUGCCCCAAUUGGUUUAUUGGGGGAGUUUCCGCCACCUCUGGUUUUACUUGUUUUCCUUUCCUUGUCAACAUUGCGUUUCCGCUGGAAUGUAAAAUAUUGGAUUAAAUUCUAAUAAUUAGCUGGAAUGGCUGACUUGAUUGCACAGGAUGACACUGUACGCGCAUGGGGGAAGAUAUAAAAUACUGCUGUAGAC